AUUUAAAGCCUGCCGUUUCCAGUCGGACGUUAUGAGCGCGGACUUUAGCCGCUAGCAGCAGCAGUUAAUCCUCUCAGCAGUCACCUCGUCCUUCAGUAGGAUGAAAACCAUGUUAGCGAUCAUUUCUAACGCACUGUGCCGGAUCACCGGGAGGAGUGCGGGAGAGCAAACCGUGUCGGAGCUGCUGAUUGGCCUGUCAGAAUUCGUCAAUCUGACGUCUCCUCCAGCGGCGGCGGCCGUUCCCCCACAGGCCCGGCGGCUCCCACCCAAACCACCACCAGCAGGCGGCGCCGCCCAGUUAGUGAGCAGCCGGACGGACCAGACGGACCGACCCGGCGCCAGAGUCGUCGCCUCCCGCUCCUUAUCUGACUUCACGCCUCAGGCGACCUUUGACAUCAAGAAAUGCGACGUGCACCGGCUGGAGGCGGGGCCUCCGGUGAGGGCGGAGCUAACGCGGGAGCAGGGCCUGCAGUAUUACCGCACCAUGCAGACGGUGCGGCGCAUGGAGCUGAAAGCCGACCAGCUCUACAAGCAGAAGAUCAUCCGGGGUUUCUGCCACCUCUACGACGGACAGGAAGCGUGCGCUGCAGGAAUCGAAGCCGCCAUCAACCCGUCGGAUCACCUGAUCACGGCGUACCGAGCGCACGGAUACACCUUCACCCGCGGCGUCUCCAUCAGAGAGAUCCUGGCCGAGCUCACAGGUCGCAGAGGGGGUGUGGCCAAAGGGAAGGGCGGCUCCAUGCACAUGUACGCGCCUCACUUCUACGGCGGCAACGGGAUCGUGGGCGCUCAGGUGCCGCUGGGCGCCGGCAUCGCUCUGGCCUGCCAGUACCAAGGAAACAACCAGAUCUGUGUGACGCUGUACGGAGACGGAGCCGCCAACCAGGGCCAGCUGUUUGAGACCUUCAACAUGGCCGCCCUCUGGAAGCUGCCCUGCAUCUUCGUCUGUGAGAACAACAAGUACGGCAUGGGGACGUCGGUGGAGCGGGCGUCGGCCAGCACCGACUACUACAAGCGGGGCGACUUCAUCCCUGGACUCAGGGUGGACGGGAUGGACGUGCUGUGCGUCAGAGAGGCGGCGAAGUUCGCUGCGGAUCACUGCAGAGCCGGGAAGGGGCCAAUCAUCAUGGAGCUCCAAACUUACCGUUACCAUGGACACAGCAUGAGCGACCCGGGCGUCAGCUACCGGACCCGGGAGGAGAUCCAGGAGGUCCGCAGUAAGAGCGACCCGAUCUCCCUGCUGAAGGAGCGGCUGCUCAGCAACAACAUGGCGUCUGUGGAGGAGCUGAAGGAAAUUGACAUUCAGAUCCGUAAGGAGGUGGAGGAGGCGGCUCAGUUCGCGACCUCUGACCCCGAGCCGCCGCUGGAGGAGCUCUGCAACCAUAUUUUCUCCAACGACCCGCCGCUGGAGGUCCGCGGGACGAACCCCUGGUCCAAACUGAAAUCCAUCAGCUGAAACUUCCUGACUGAAUCAAACCUGCCAGUAUCCAUUUACCUGAAACUGUUUUUAUUAGGAAUAUAAAUUAUUCAAUGAGCCGAGAGUCGGACCAGGCUGCCAGCGGCACAGAAACACAAACAUUAGCUUCUCAUCUGGACCCGCCGUCCUGCAAACAGACGCACAACGAGAAGGUUUCAUUUCUGACCUCAAUCCAACUUCCUGCUGGAGUUUUUAAAAAGUUAUGAACUGGAAGGAAUUUUAUGAGCAACGUUGGAAAAUCUGCAGCAUCAUUCUUGAGUCCUGAGGUCUAGUCAAAGUAAGGAGUUCAGUUAAAGGAGCUGAACUCUACAAAAACAGAACAGUAACUUAUUUCUAGAUUUCUGUAAAAAUGGGUCAAAUUUUCACUUUUCUGACGGCUAUCAGAGCAAUCGUACAACAAAAAGGACAUUUCUAGAAAAAACUGAAAUUCUGUGAUUAAUCUCUGAAAUAUAAAAAUUUUUAAACUCAUAUUUAUGAAAUUAGUUUCAGAAAUUGAGUUUUUUUUCCCCUUUGGAAAUUCAUGAGGUUAAUCUCAAUUUCUGAACUUAAUCUGAGAUUUUAAGUUUUUCCCUGAAAUUUAUUCUUUUUUUGUUUUUUCUGUUUCCGGUGUUUCCUGAUGGCUGGUCCCGUUUCCUCUGUAAUGAGGUGAAAAUCUGAAUAUUUUUGUUAUUUUAAGACGUUUCCUCUUCAUUUUUCUGUUGGAGAUAUAAAAUCUGACGCCGUUUCUGUAUGUUUAAAGCUUUACAUUCUCUCUAUGCAUUCAGUUUAUAAAAACAUUACAAAUCAGUUUUUAUGAACAGAAUUUAUAGUUUAAAUUAUCUGAGGCUCUUCAUGAAUUUAUUUUCCUGAACUUGUACAGAAAGUUUUAUUAUUUAUGAUGUUUUGAGAAGUGUAACUGAGCCACAGAGUUAUUAAAUGAAUUAUGAUGAAAGUGUUUUUGUUUCAGAGUUUGAUUUUUUUUUUUGUGCAGAUUUUGUUUCACAAAAGUCGGAUUCUGAAAUCCAGGAUCAGAGAUGAAGCCGGUUUGACAAAACUCCGUCGUUUCAUCCUGGAUCUCAGUUUCACAAAGAUCAGGAGGUGAUUUUAUGAUUAUACAGGUUUAAAUAAUUCAGGCGCAUCAACAGAUUUCAUCAGAUCAAUGAGAUCGAUCACAGAUUUAUUGAUGCUACAAUAGAUAAACUGCGUUCACCAUCCCUCACACCAAACCAACAUGUUGAUGGAGGAACUGAAUUUUUAUCAAUAAAAAAACUGCUGCUACAACAGCAAAUGUUAGCGGCUCAUUUAAAUGUGUAAUUAGCCCAAACAUACAUUCCUAAACCAUUAAUAAUAAAAAAAUCAUAAUCAUUAUUGUCCUUUGCUCAAAUAAACUUUAAACUUUCAAACAGUGGAAGUUAAUAUAACGAGUGAAUCUGGCAGCAGAUUAAUUCAUGUUACUCUUUUCUGAUCCACAACUUAUUUAUCCAGAACAAACAUGAACAACAGAUUAUAAAUAAGAACAUUUAGUUUCUGGGAAGUAUGGGGUUAAAAUGUUGACAACAAUGUGCAAAUAAUUAUACUAAUAACUUAGAAAAUCCUUCAUUAGUUUCACCUACAGUUAACUUCCUGUUUGAGUUGUGAUGCUUUUGUUCUGAAGGGACAAUUUCUUGUUUAACUGUCAGAGUAAAAGCAGCUUAAUGACAAUCAAAAAGACAGAAGAUAAAUUGUAAAGAAGUUUAUAAAAUGUAUAUUAUUUGCAGCCACCAAAAUGGAGACAAAAGGUAAAUUUGUGAUGUAAAGUAUUUGUGAUGUAAAGUAUUUGUUUUAAAUAUUGUAUUUAAAGUUAAUUUCCAUUGUACAUAUUAUUUUAAGUUACAUUAAAAUUCAUCAGUAAAGUUUGUUAUAACUAAUUUGGCUGGACUUGAUUACAAAACCUGAGUUUCUUUAUGACCCAUUUCUCUAAUCCCUAAAAACUGCAACGGUCUAUUAAAGGCCUUUAUGUCAAACUUAGAACAGAGAAACCCAAAGAACAGGAAGAUAUCCACACUGAUGCUUUUAAAAUUGAUAAUAUAUUUUAACAUCAUGAUGUUACAACAAUAUUAGACUGAAAACCAAAAUUAAUUAAUGCAGCGUAAUAAAAAAGACAAAAGAAAACAAAACUCAUCAGUUUUUCAUCGCUGACUGAACAGAUGAAGCUCCAGGAUUAAUCCAGAUGUUAGCCUGGUCUGGAGCAGCUAGCUUCACAGAAUAAAUCGCCAUGGCAACGUAGCGGUUCCUCUGUUGUGAAACCGAAUCGAGGUUUAAUUAAACCAGAAUAUCUGGAGAAUUAUGGCUUAAUCCAAGAUCCUGGUUUUGUGAAAAAUCCUCUGGAUAUUUAUAAUUAUUGAAACAUAAAGUUUCAACCAGAGUUAUAAAAGUUUUGGGCUUUAAAUUUAGUUUAGUUUUGUUCAAUUCAGUUUUCAUUUGUUUCUAAAGUGUUUGCUAGUUUUUACUAGUUAAUAGAUUUUUUUAUACGUUUAGUGAAUUUUUCAUUACAGAAUUCAAAAAGGUAAAAUUAUUAUAUUCUGAUUAUGCAAACAUGAAUUGGGUAAUGAAAACUCAGCAGAAAAUACCAGGAAAUGAAAAUAUUAGAUUUAAAAUCAUCAGUAACAGUUUGAUUGCAUCAUUUCCUCACUGAGUCGUUUCCAGCAGCAGAUAGAAAGACCAGAGCUGCACAAACAUCAGAAACUGGAUCCAAAUGAAGCAACAUGCAGCCUGGAAACGGCUGAACUGAAACAUGGUUCAUAUUUCAGGAUGAAAAUGAAUCAGAGAAAAAUGAUCAACUUUAAAAACUGAACCAAGUUCAGAUCAAAACUCCAUGAAGCCUCGAAAUGGAGCCGAGUUACAAUUUCAUCUUCAUCCA